AUGUCAGAAGCUUUUACUAGUGUCAUUCUAGAGUCUAGGGCCAAGCCGUUGAUAACUAUGGUGGAAGAAAUUAGGACCUACAUGAUGGAAAGAUGGGCUACCAAUAGGACAAGGUUUCAAAACAUGGUAGAUGUUGAAGUGUUAUCCAAUAUUAGAAGGAAAAUUGAAAAAACAAGCACAUAUACAAACUUUUGGCUUGUCAAGAUGUUUGAUGAACACAUCUUUGAAGUGAGGCACCUUGAAAACCAAGUAGAUAAGUUUUCAGUAAAUUUGAAGGAACACCUAUGUUCAUGUAGAAGAUGGGAACUAACAGGUCUACCUUGUGUUCGUGCACUUUCAACUAUGAAGAGUAGAAACCAUAUGGUUGAUGACUACACCCCUGAGUAUUACAGGAAAUCAAGAUAUAUGGAAGUCUACAAACAUGUGAUUUAUCCUGUAAUUGGCUCAAAUUUGUGGGUUAUAAUAGAGUAUCUUGAUGUGCAAUCACCUAAGUAUAGGAAAAUGCCUAGAAGGCCAAAAAAGAGGAGGAAUCUAGAGCAAGGCGAGAUUGAUGCCUCUGAUCGCAAAAUGAGAAGAACUUGUUUCAUUGUCAAGCGUAGUAGAUGUAAGAAACCAGGUCACAACAAAAUUACUUGUAAGGUGACACUAGCUAGUCAACAAGCACUUACUCAAGCAUCCCAACAAGCACUUACUCAAGCAUCCCACAAGUACCUACUCAUGCAUCCCAACAAGCAUCACAACAAGCACCCCAACAAGUUACUCAAGCAGCUACUCAAGCAUCCCAAUAGUUAA